AUGGCGCUCCGGAUCACCAGGAACACGAAAAUUAAUGCUGAAAAUAAGGCGAAGGUCAGUAUGGCAGGCGCAAAGCGAGUGCCUGUGGCCGCUGUUGCAGCCUCUAAGCCCGGGUUGAGGCCAAGAACAGCCCUUGGAGACAUCGGUAACAAAGUCAGUGAACAGCCACAGGCCAAAUUGCCCCUGAAAAAGGAAGCAAAAACUUUAGCUGCUGGAAAAGUUAUUGCUAAAAAACUACCAAAACCUCUGGAAAAGGCUCCUGUACCUGUGCCGGAGCCCCAGCCGGAGCUGGAUCUGGAGCCAGAGCCAGAGCCGGAAACCGAGCCUGUUAAAGAAGAGAAACUUGCCCCUGAGCCUAUUUUGGUUGAUACUCCCUCUCCAAGCCCCAUGGAAACAUCUGGCUGUGCCCCUGCGGAAGAGUAUCUGUGCCAGGCUUUCUCUGAUGUAAUUCUUGCAGUGAAUGAUGUGGAUGCAGAAGACGGAGCGGAUCCAAACCUUUGUAGUGAAUAUGUAAAAGAUAUCUAUGCUUAUCUGAGACAACUUGAGGAAGAGCAAGCAGUCAGACCAAAAUACCUACUGGGCCGUGAAGUCACUGGAAACAUGAGAGCCAUCCUAAUUGACUGGCUAGUGCAGGUUCAAAUGAAAUUCAGGUUACUCCAGGAGACCAUGUACAUGACUGUUUCCAUUAUUGAUCGGUUCAUGCAGGAUAAUUGUGUGCCCAAGAAGAUGCUGCAGCUGGUUGGUGUCACUGCCAUGUUUAUUGCAAGCAAAUACGAGGAAAUGUACCCUCCAGAAAUUGGUGACUUUGCCUUUGUGACUGACAACACCUACACUAAGUACCAAAUCAGACAGAUGGAAAUGAAGAUUCUAAGAGCUUUAAAUUUUAGUCUGGGUCGCCCUCUACCCCUGCAUUUCCUUCGGAGAGCAUCUAAGAUUGGAGAGGUUGAUGUUGAGCUACAUACUUUGGCCAAAUAUCUGAUGGAACUAACUAUGUUGGACUACGAUAUGGUGCACUUUCCUCCUUCUCAGAUUGCAGCAGGAGCCUUUUGCUUAGCACUGAAAAUUCUUGAUAAUGGUGAAUGGACACCAACUCUACAGCAUUACCUGUCAUACACUGAAGAAUCCCUUCUUCUUGUUAUGCAACACCUGGCUAAGAAUAUAAUCAUAGUGAAUCGUGGGCUUACAAAGCAUAUGACUAUCAAGAACAAGUAUGCUACGUCUAAGCAUGCUAAGAUCAGCAUUCUAGCACAGCUGAAUUCUGCACUAGUUCAAGAUUUAGCCAAGGCUGUGGCAAAGGUGUAA